AAACUUUCUACUUUGACAGACUCUUUGAAAAGUGUAGCAUCUACAAAAUUUUCAUCGCUGAAUCCUGAAAACACAACUGUAGUAACGCCAUGGAUCAAAUCAUGUUCAAUUGCACAGGAAAAACAAUCUCCAACCAAGAAAAGAUCGAGGGAAUGUUUGACUCCAGUGAAGUCGGGAUACACACCUCAUGGAAAGAAACCAUUGGCAGCAUCAUGUCAGACUCCAAAAGCAAGAAGAAAGAGAUUAAAUUUCAACAAAACUCCACGACAGACCCCUAAAUCUACUAGACAAUCUCCAGUCAGUCCAGGUCCAAAAGUGAAGGUACAUCUGGGAUUUAAAGGAAGUUCAAGACAAACUACAUUGAAAGGUUCAAGUAAACUGGCUUGCAGAGCAAUUGAGCUGAAGCAGUACAAAACAGCAAUUAACCAUUUACUCCAGAUUGAGGAUUUAAAGAAGGACAUUUUUCAAAUAACCAAAAAAAAAGAUGAACCAGGAGCUGCAUCAAAUAUGUCAAGCAAAGGAGAGUAUGUUAAGAACAAAGAAUCUAGAAAAAUUUUCAUGGAAGAGAGCUUACAAUGAACUCAAACAAACAUGUCCAUUGGUAACAGAGUUGAUGUUGUUAAUUGCGGGAAAUAAGAAUAAACAGAUACCAAGAAUUGUAUCCAGCAUAGCCAUAUUGCUUUUCAACAGAAACUCACAGAUGGGUGCAAUACAAGCCAUUAAUAGUAUUCUGAUGUUCAGAGUUCACAUUCGCACCAAGAUUUACACUACAUUUAACCGUGCAGGCUUGUGCAGCUCAUACAAAUCAACUAUCAGACAUGUAGACCAGAUAUGCCAAAACUUUGACCAGCCGGUUCGGAAUUGGACUAAUAGAGUAGCCAGUCAUUACACCAAGAAAUUGAGAGAAACUACACAUUUAGAUGAACAUAACUAUGCAUUGUCUUCAAUGGAAGACCACACUUCAUGUAGUACUACAUUGCCAGUGUUGGAAACACCAGCAAAAGGACAUACAGGUACCAAUCCAGUUGAAUUAUUCUGUGAGUCACCAUUUGAAUGUUCAACUCCAGAAAGUGAAUCACCUACAUACAUGUAUACAGCAGUACCAGUUUCACCGCUACCAGAGACACCUAGGACUUCACUUUCAUCUAACGAUACACCUGAUCGUACAUCAGCAAAAGUCUUCACAGAGUCACCUUACACCACUGUUAUGGCAACAGAAACAGAUGAAAUAUCAUCUUUCCAAAUUGUAAUGGACAACUUAAAUAUGAUGACUAAAGCUAGACACAAAACAGAAGACACGUCUAACAAAAUGUUUAAUCUUGUCCAUGCAUUAGCUGUUCAAGACAGAGUUUCUGCAGAUGACCUGGAAGACUGUGUACCUCAGGCUGACAUACUAACUAUACCAAAUGAAGCUUUCCUACCAAGUAAAGAGGACUACAACCAACUGAACCAGGAAUACAACAUUUUGAUUCAAAGGGUUCUUGUUGAAAACAUAAAAGAGUUGAAAGAUUGCAAGGAAUUCGUUAUUUAUCAUAUACCGCAUCAAUUCUCAAAAGAAUCCAGGAAAAAAAGUUGUGUGAUACCACUUGGCAUUUUGGAGAAAGACGAAAAUAAAACCGAAGAAAUGAUAGAAAUUAUUGAACAUCUACAACAGUAUACUCCAAAAGCACACGAUAAGAUGAUGCCACUUUUGAUGGCAGGUGAUGGACUCUCUGUUGAAAGAGGGGAAGGAGCACAGAGAGCAAGGGCUGAUGGGAUUUCACAAGAAGAUCGCCUAGAAGGUUUUAUUUGGAAAAGCGAAGACUGGCAUGCCCAUGUCAUACCAUUGCAGGACACAUUCAACCAGCUGUUUAAAGGAACUUCCUCACCAGAAAAGGGAACAUUAUUUUAGUUACGGGACCUUUUUGAACACAGAGGUGUUAAGUCUGAG